AAAAAAAAUACUCUGAUUAUGAGACGAAGUACUAGUGGGAGCUUGUUUGGACUUUGGGGAGAAAUCUGGCAAAAAACAGGAUAGCCAAACAAACGUCCAGCUUAUGGACACUGGAGCUGAGCUUUUGAACUGACAAGUGAUGUCGCUCAGCGAAGCUGCAGUGAUGGCGGUCGCCAUGGGUCCGCCACCAUUUAUACUACAUAGUUCCGAACUGGGGAGAGCCAAGGUGCUGCAACUUGUUCCCAGCGCUACUAUCAUGAAUGCCGCAAAGCUUUUUAGCUGCAAGGGGAGGAGAUCGGCGAUUGUGGUUGUUCGAAGCUCUUAUACUCGCAGGCCUUUGGACACAGCCGGCGCUUACGAGCUUAUUGAUAAAGAUACUGGAGAGAAAGUCAUCGUUUGGGGAGGAGUAGAGAACGAUGAUGGAUUCUCCGAUAUCCCUUCGAAUGAUAUUCACUCCGCCUGGAACACCAACGACCAAGCAAACGGACGUGAUGACGGAAACUUCAAAGAAUCUAAGAAGGCACUUGGGCAAAACUUUAGCAGACUGAAAUCCCAUAAGAUGAGAGCUCUUGUGAGGAAAAGAUAUACAAAAAGGAAAGAUGGUGAUUUUCAUAAUCACGAUGCACAUAAUGCUGGGGUAUCUGUCAUUCCGAAAGGUGACCAUUUAGUGGAGCAGGAAGGAUUUGAUCUUCUCAAUGAUAGUUCUAGUUCUGAACAGCCACCAGAUUCAGAAGCUCUGCUGCAAAACCUGAGGAGAAGGAUGUCAAAGGAUUUCUCCAAUGCAGCUGCUGGAGAUGAAACUGUGCAGCUUCACAUUGGAAAUAAGGACUUUAAGAAGUCUGAUGCCAAAUCUAUCGCACCAAAUCUUUCUGCUUUAAAAGACACCGUUGAUCACAUGGUGGGUUGGGGUAGAGUAGAUGAUUUCUACAGAAAGAAAAGGACCUUAAAUGAGGACAAUAGUUUCUUUAGCAAAAAAUCAUUUCGAGAUUUGGGGUGCAGUGACUACUUGACUGAAUCUUUAAGGAAACAGAUGUUUGGACGCCCUUCUCAUAUUCAGGCGAUGACAUUUGAACAUGUUCUUAAAGGAAAGAGCUGCAUUAUCUCUGAUCACAGUGGCUCUGGAAAGACUUUGGCAUAUCUUCUUCCUCUUAUUCAAUGCCUUAGAGAACAAGAGCUUCAAGGAUUUCAUAAACCUUCAUCACAAAGUCCUCGGGUCAUUGUAUUGACACCAACAGCUGAGUUGGCUUCUCAGGUUUUGAAUGUUUGUCGAUCAUUUUCAAAAUCUGGUGUUCCUUUUCGGUCUGUUGUUGCAACAGGUGGGUUCCGACAGAGAACUCAACUGGAAAAUCUUAGGCAUGACCUAGAUGUUCUGAUAGCUACACCUGGGCGAUUCAUGUUUCUAGUUAAAGAGGGCCACUUGCUUUUAGCAAACCUCAAGUGUGCUGUGUUGGAUGAGGUAGACAUUCUGUUUAAGGAUGAAGAUUUUGAGACUGCGCUAGAGUGUCUGGUUAGCUCCUCUCCUGUUACCACACAAUUUCUGUUUGUGACCGCAACAUUACCAACUGAUACAUACAACAAGUUGAUUGAAAACUUCCCUGAUAGCGAGCUUAUAACCGGUCCUGGCAUGCAUCGCACAAGUAAUGGCUUAGAGGAGAUCCUUGUAGAUUGUAGUGGAGGGGAUGAAUCUGAGAAAAGCCCAGAAGCAGCAUUUCUUAACAAGAAAAAUGCUCUUUUACAAUUAGCAGAGGAAAAACCAGUUCCCAAGACAAUUGUUUUCUGCAACAAGAUUGAGAGCUGCAGAAAAGUCGAAAAUGCAUUAAAACGCUUUGACAGAAAAGAAUCUUUGGUUAGAGUAUUACCUUUCCAUGCUGCUCUGGAUCAAGAAGCAAGGCUUGCUAGUAUGAAUGAGUUCUGCAGCCCUCAGCCAAAGAACACCUCUCUGUUCUUAGUUUGUACUGACAGAGCAUCUAGAGGUAUUGAUUUUGUGGGUGUGGACCAUGUAGUGCUCUUUGAUUUUCCUCGCGAUCCAAGUGAAUAUGUGCGCCGUGUUGGGAGAACUGCAAGAGGUGCUGCAGGAAAAGGAAAGGCAUUCAUUUUUGUGGUAGGCAAGCAAGUUUCUCUUGCUCAUAGGAUCAUAGAAAGGAACAAGAAAGGUCACCCACUGCAUGAUGUACCAUAUAGCUAGUGUACAAAGUGUUAACACAAACAUAUAUUGUACCAUAUAUUGUAGGCUUUGAAAUUUACACAAAUUCAAACUUAACAUAACAUUUGAUUGAUGAUAAGGAUGGUCUUGAUCUUUAAUGAGUAUCUCACACUAUAAGAAGGCUCUUGAUUUGCAUAGCAAA